GCAGGAGGAGGAGGGAGCUGAGGCCCCAAGUGCAGCCUCGGAGAUCAAGGGCCCGAUCCAGAGACGGGAUGUGUCCGGCCCCGAGGGCGCGGCGGGCAGCGGGACCCUGACCCAGCGGCCCCGAGUCGGAGCCCUGGCUGUCCCGUGCUCCUCGGACCCGAGCCUGCAGUGGACCUCGGGCCGCAGGCGCCUCCGCAUGUGGCGGCGCAGUUAGGGAGAUGCUGCAGGAUAAGGGCCUGUCGGAGAGUGAGGAGGCCUUCCGGGCCCCGGGCCCCCCGCUCGCCGAGGCCAGCGCCACCAACGCCCCCGAACCCGCGCUGGCUGCGCCAGGCCUCAGCGGGGCCGCUCUCGGCAGCCCCCCGGGCUCCGGCGCCGACGUCGCAGCCACUGCAAUCGCAGAGCAGACGAUCGAGAACAUCAAGGUGGGCCUGCAUGAGAAGGAGCUCUGGAAGAAGUUCCACGAGGCGGGAACCGAGAUGAUCAUCACCAAGGCGGGCAGGAGGAUGUUCCCCAGCUACAAGGUGAAAGUCACAGGCAUGAACCCCAAGACCAAGUACAUCCUGCUGAUAGACAUCAUCCCUGCAGAUGACCACCGCUACAAGUUCUGUGAUAACAAAUGGAUGGUGGCAGGGAAGGCUGAGCCCGCCAUGCCAGGAAGGCUCUACGUCCACCCGGAUUCUCCUGCCACUGGCGCCCACUGGAUGCGGCAGCUGGUGUCCUUCCAGAAGCUCAAGCUGACAAACAACCACCUGGACCCCUUUGGCCACAUCAUCCUCAACUCCAUGCACAAGUACCAGCCGCGGCUGCAUAUUGUGAAAGCUGAUGAGAACAAUGCUUUUGGCUCCAAAAACACAGCCUUCUGCACCCACGUGUUCCCAGAGACUUCCUUCAUUUCUGUGACCUCCUACCAGAAUCACAAGAUCACACAGCUGAAAAUUGAGAACAACCCUUUUGCCAAGGGAUUCCGGGGGAGUGACGACAGUGACCUGCGUGUGGCUCGGCUGCAGAGCAAGGAAUAUCCUGUGAUCUCCAAAAGCAUCAUGAGGCAGAGGCUCGUCUCCACCCAGCUCUCAGCCAAGCCGGACGUCAGCCCCCUGCAUGGCGCCCACCAGGCGCUCCAGCACUACCAGUAUGAGAACGGGGCUCACAUGCAGUUUGCUGCGGCUGAGCCGCAGGACCUUCCCCUCAACACCUUCCCAGCCCAGAGGGACUCAAGCCUCUUCUACCACUGCCUGAAAAGACGAGCAGACAGUGCCCGCCAUCUGGACUUACCCUGCAAGCGCCCCUAUCUGGAAGCUCCCUCUGCAGUGGGAGAGGAUCAUUAUUUCCGUUCUCCCCCUCCCUAUGACCAACAGAUGCUGAGCCCCUCCUACUGCAGUGAGGUGACCCCAAGAGAAGCCUGUAUGUACUCAGGUUCAGGGCCCGAGAUCGCUGGGGUAUCCGGGGUGGACGACUUGCCCCCGCCCCCACUGGGCUGUAACAUGUGGACAUCAGUCUCACCGUACACGAGCUACAGCGUCCAGACCGUGGAGACUGUGCCUUACCAGUCCUUCCCCACGCACUUCACCGCCACCACGAUGGUGCCUCGGCUGCCUGCUAUCUCCGCUCAGAGCUCCCAGCCUCCAGGAAACACCCACUUCAGUGUCUACAACCAGCUCUCACAGUCUCAGGUCCGGGAGCGGGGGCCCACCGCCUCAUUCCCCAGGGAGCGUGGCCUCCCCGCCGUGUGUGAGAGGAAGCCGCCCUCCCCACACCUGAAUGCUGCCAAUGAGUUUCUCUACUCUCAGAGCUUCUCCUUGACCCGGGAAGCUUCCUUACAGUAUCAUUCAGGAAUGGGGACUGCAGAGAACUGGGCUGACGGAUAACUCCCAUGUCUCCUUGGCAGCCCCAGGACCCUAAUCCAGUGUUAACCUCUGUGGGUGGCCUGUACUGCCCAGACACAUGGGAUGGUAUUUCAAAAGGUGGUGUGUGUGCAUGUGUGGGUGC